AUGUCCUCCGAACAUAUCGCAAUCCAUCUUCAACAGCGCCCGGAGACAAACAUUGUCCCCGGGGAAACAUUUGCUGUACAAAAGCAUACAACUCCUACUUCGGAAGAACUUGAAGAUGGAGAGGUUGUCUUGGAAAGCCUUUACCUAAGUCUGGAUCCUGCGAUGCGUGGGUGGUUGGACGAUCGACCUUCAUACAUUCCUCCAGUUGCAAUUGGCGAAAUCAUGCGUGGCUACGCUGUGGGCCGUGUAACUGCCUCGCGGUCAGAGAAGUUUCCAGUUGGCUCCUAUGCUCUCGGUAUGGUAGGCUGGACUGAGCACGCAAUUAUCAAUGAGAGCUCUUUGGAAUCCGUGCCUACGCCUGAUCCUGCGGAUGGAGGCCACUUGACCGAUUUCCUCAGCGUCCUUGGCUUGACAGGAAUCACUGCGUACUGGGGCAUGGUCGAGGUUGGCCAUGUCAAGCCUGGGGACUUUGUGGUUGUCUCUGGAGCAGCAGGAGCGACUGGGUCUAUCGCUGGACAGAUUGCAAAGAUCCACGGUGCCACUGUGUAUGGAAUCGCAGGUUCGGAUGAGAAGUGUCGUUGGUUAGUUGAGGACCUCAAGUUUGACGGGGCGCUGAACUACAAGAGCGAGGAUUUCGCCGAAAAGUUCAAGAGUUUGAUGCAAGGAAAGAUCGACCUCUUUUAUGACAAUGUCGGAGGAGAAGUUCUCGACUUAGCUCUACUUUGUGCCAACAAAAACGCUCGAUUCGUCAUGUGCGGUGGAGUCAGUCAAUACAAUGAACAGGAGGUUAAAGGACCAAAGAACUACAUGAUGAUAUGGAGGAUGCGGAUUCGCAUGGAAGGCUUCAUUGUCUUCGAUCACAUGGAUAAGAAACUCGAAAUCAGACGGAAGCUCAGCCAGUGGCUUGCGGAGGGUCGGCUGCAACGGAGGGAAACGAUUGUGCAUGGCGGUUUAUCCCAAGCCGAAACUGCCUUGAUGCAACUGUAUAAGGGGGUAAACACAGGAAAACUGCUUGUCGAGGUCAAAGCUCCUUGA